AUGGGGAAGAAGAAUAAGUCGAAUGGAGGAGGAAAUACUAACAACACCCCAACUAAAACCCCAUCAAAACCCCCAGUAAAAUUCAAUGAUAAAUGGGCAAGUAUUGAGAAUGGAGAAGCUAAAAGUGCAUCUGUUUCUCACUACAAGGAGCCAUCGAAAGAACCAAAAUUUGUUCACCCAGCCAAGCUGGCAAAAGAGAAGAAGAUUUUCGAUGGAUUAGAUAUUCCAGAAAGAGUUUUAGCCCAUGGAAAAGUUGUGGAACAAAAUGGAGGAAAAAAGAGAAGACAUCGGGAAAUUUCUCCAAAAAUGGAAGCCAAAAAGCCCAAAGUGGAGUCGAAGUCAAAGGAUGGAGUUGCUGCCAAGAAGGCGCAUAAACAUUUCACUGUAUCUUCUGAAGUUGUUCAAUCCACGUACUUUUUCGAGGAGCCAGAUAAUGGCAAUGAAGUCACUUUGGUCUCAAAUGGAAAGGAGACCACAAUCGAAAAGACUGUUAUUCUCGACGAAGAAGUAGAGGAUGAGGAGAUCGAUGAGGAAGAGUUUGAGGAUGAAGAAGAAGUAGAAGAUGAGGAAGGAAUGGAUGAAGAUGAGACUGAAAUCGAUGAGAGUGAGAUGAUUGUCGAUCCAAAAGAUAUCGAGAGAUGCAUCGAAUUUGAAGAUGUUGACGAUGAAGAUGAAAUGGAAGAUGAGGAAGAGUUUGAGGAUGAAGAAGAGGUAGAGGACGAAGAAGUAGAUGAUGAGGAGGAAGAAGAAGUAGCUGAUGAAGAACGAGGAGAAGAACAAGAGGACGAACAAGAGGAAGAGGAAGAGGUUAGCGAUGAGGAAUCAGUGGUUUCUGAAAUGGAUGCGGAUUCUGAUGACGAGGGAUUCAUUGCUGGAAAGGAUCGUGAAGCUCAUGUGAUCUCCAAGGACAAGGCUGCUCGAACAUUUGCAGCGAAACCAGUCGACUUUGACGCUUUCCCAUUCAAUGAUCAGGAUUCUGUCGUCACUGCUUCACGUGCUUUCGGAUUCAUGGUCUCUCCAUGUGAUGUUCAAACAUUCUUUGACAAAUUCUAUCAAUCGAACGUUCUCGUUGUUCACCGUAAAACUCCCGCCUACUACGGUAAUCUAUUCUCAACUACCCGUUUUUCUGAGCUUUUGGAGAAACAUUAUUUGGAAUAUAACAUGAAUAUUAACAUUGCUCAAUAUAAGGAUGGAAUUAGAACUACUUUAAAUGGAAAAGGACGUGUUUAUCCACAAAUUGUUAAGCAACAUCUUCAUAAUUUGUGCUCUGUUCAACUUGUCAACCCACAAACUUUCGACGAUCGCAUCUGGUACCUUUGUGAGAUUCUUCAAGAACAGUUUGGUUGUUUCGUAGGUGCGAAUACCUACUUGACACCAGCCGGAUCAUCUGGAUUUGCUCCACACUGGGACGAGAUAGACGCAUUCUUAUUGCAAGUGGAAGGACGUAAAUAUUGGAGAGUAUGGGCUCCAGAAUCCGCUGAAGAAGAGUUACCAUUGGAAUCGAGUGGAAACUUCACUGAAGAUGAUAUGAAGGGAAAAGAGCCAGUAUUCGAGGGAUGGAUUGAACAAGGAGACAUGAUUUACAUUCCACGUGGAUAUACUCAUCAGGCAAGAACCGAUAAAAAAGUGCAUUCUCUGCAUGUCACUGUUUCUACCGGAAGACAAUGGAGUUUUGCAAAUUUGAUGGAGAAAGUAAUCCCGGAAGCUGUUGGUGCUUUGACAGAGGAAAGACACAAACUACGUCGUGGAUUGCCCAUUGGACUUUUUGAUAUGGGAGGAGUCGUCGAUUUGGAUUAUUCACAGGAGGAGCAUUUCACUGAAAAGUUCAAGAUUGUGGUGGAUAGACAUAUGAGCAGACUUCGCAAUUUGGUUGCUGAUCAUCUUCUUGAUAGUUCUGUGGAUAGUAUGACAAAAGAGUUCAUGAAGCAAGCAUUGCCACCAAUUCUCACUGACAAGGAAAAGAAAAGAAGUGUGAUUGGGUUAUCGACUAACUUGCUCGGAGAUGAUCUCAUUGAUUUCUGUGCCAACACGAAAGUGAAAUUUAUCAGAAAACACACUCAACGUCUUCUGAUGGAAAGUGAAGAUUCGUGUUUUAUCAGUCACCGUAUGAACAAUUCUCGUCUUUUCGAAGGACGCCCAGAGACUCUCGUCGAUUUUCCUUCCACUGGAAUCGACACGUAUCGUGUUCUUUGGAAUGCGUAUCCAGAAUGGAGAACUUUGGAUGAGAUUUUCUCUUGUAGAGAAACGAAAUCAAAUACCAGAAAGGAGAAGUUGGCUGCCAUUCAAAUUCUAUUUCAAAUGGGAGUUCUUCUGGUUAAAAACCCUAAAUAA